CUUCCGGUGUGUGAGAUCAGUGAGAAGAAAACAACUUUAGUCGGUUCACGCUUCUAUCACAACCAACGCGAACGCAGCCCCAAGACUUCUUUUCCAACCGCAAUAAUGGCGGAUACGCAAAAGAAAUCGGCUGCCCCCGCAAAGAAAUUACCGGCAGUACCAGAGUCGGUACUUAAAAGAAGGAAGCGCCGUGACACAGCCAAGGCUGCUCGUCUUCAGGUUUCUAUUAAGCGUCGUGCAGAUCAUUACAAAAAAAGGAAAGAAAUUUUCAAAAGGGCGGAACAAUAUGUCAAGGAAUAUAGAGCAAAGGAAAGGGAUGAGAUCAGGCUUAUGAGACAAGCAAAGAACCGUGGGAAUUAUUACAUUCCCGGGGAGGCCCGUCUUGCUUUUGUUAUCCGAAUUCGUGGUGUAAACCAAGUCGCUCCAAAAGUGCGAAAAGUUUUGCAGCUGUUCCGCCUUAAACAAAUCAACAAUGGUGUCUUCAUCAAGCUGAACAAGGCUACUAUUAAUAUGCUCCGUAUUGUUGAGCCGUACAUCACUUGGGGGUACCCAAAUCUGAAAUCUGUUCGUGAAUUGAUCUACAAACGAGGGUUUGCAAAGAUAAACAAGCAACGCAUUCCCAUCACCAGUAACGCCAUAAUUGAACAGAAACUCAGUCGUUCGGAUAUCAUCUGUACUGAGGAUUUGAUCCAUGAAAUCUUCACUGUUGGAUCCAAGUUCAAAUUUGCCAGCAACUUCUUGUGGCCCUUCAAGUUGAACACCCCAACUGGUGGAUGGCGCAAGAAGACUAACCAUUACGUUGAGGGCGGUGACUUUGGAAACCGUGAAGACAAAAUCAACGAACUACUCAGGAGAAUGGUGUAA